AUGACUAGUGUUAGUGUUUUUGAAGGUAACAUUAUUAAAUAUGAACAAUUUUUAUCUCAAAAUGAUAUUGUAGGACGUUUUACAUAUCUUCAAAAAGAAGCAGCCGAAUUUAAUAAAGAUCAAUUUUUAAAUAAUACAUCACCAAAUGAAUUAGCUAUUACCAAAAUAUUUAAUGUUCCUCAUGAAUAUACUCAAGUAAAAAAAACCAAAAAAGAAAUAUCUUCCAAUCAUUCGGAAAAGCGCUCAUAUUACUUUAGACACAAUUCUCCUAAAAGACUUCCAAAAUACGCUCAUGUGUCUUUGAAAUCUCACGGUAUUAAACUCAUUAAUAAAAUAAAUAAUACUAUUGAAGAUUUUAAAACCCUACGGAAAAAUCUUUUUGAAAGUAAUCAUGGAAAUUACAAUGUGAGCCUUAAUGAGUAUCUAUUUUUUAAACUUUGUGAUUUUAUAACUAUCUUAAAAUCACUUAGAAAAAGUAUUUUAUUAAAAGACAAUCUCAAUAUAGUUAACCUUAUGAAUUUUUGUAUUAAAAAAAUUGAUAUUAAUGAAGAUUUCUGGCUAAGGCAGACAUUUAUAGAAUUUUUAUCGUGGUAUGUUAUUGUAUUAUUAGAUGAACAAAACCCAUUACACAUUGAGAAUUUAAAAUAUAUAACUCCAUUUAUUUCAAAAUGGAAUGAAGCGGAAAGCAAAUUAGUAAGACGAAUGAAACUUAGACAUAAGGAAGUUCAUACAGACGGCACAAAUGAUGAAACCGAUGAUUACACAGAAAAUAAUGAGGAAGAAUUAAAAAUGAAUAGUUUUAUUGAUGAUGCUACAGUGAAAUUAGAAGAUAAUAAUGAAGAAAUAUUAGAAGAGGAGGAGGAUGAAUUAGAAGAGGAGGAAGUAUUAGAAAAAGAUAUUACUAAUAAUCUUGUCGAGGAAUUAGAAGAUAACAAUGAAGAAAUAUUAGAAGAGGAGGAGGAUGAAUUAGAAAAGGAUAUUACUAAUAAUCUUGUCGAGGAAUUAGAAGAAGAUAAGGAUGAGGAUGAUGAAAUGGAAUUUGAAGAGUCUGAUGAUGAAGAGUUUGAAGAUCCAUCGUCAAUUCAUAGAAUAACUGAGGGAGUGAACAAUCAUUGGAGUUUCAAUUUCCAAGAAGACCAUUCAUCUCUUAAAGAUUUGAAUGGUUUUAAUUUUUAA